AAAUAUGCGGUGUUAUAGUGGUUGGGAUGUGAUGGGACCUUGGGAGAAGGCUCAAAUAUGCCACUGCAGUUAACGAAAUGGAUAACAUAUGUCACUCGUAAAAGGGGGUGACCAUGUGAGAGGGGUGGCGGUGGUAAGUAAUGAAGGGUUUAGAUAAUGCCACAUAGCAAAAUCUGAUGGUAUCAGGUAAUGGAAUAUAUGGACAAAAUGGUAACGUCGGUGGCAUGUUUAUGUCCAACUAUAACGAGUGGCAUAGAUAGGCCAUUUUGUUAAGUUCAAUGGCAUAUUUGAGUUUUAUCCCUUUAACAUUCAAAGUCAAGAUGUUUAACUGGAUUACACAAGAGGCGAUUGUAUCCAAGCGAGCCCAUUAUAUAAAGUUGGAUACUUGAAAGGAGGAAAUGCAUAUUAAGAACUUCUUUUCUGCUUUUGCAUUUUAAUUUCCUUCAUACCCCUAUCAAAUACUUUGGUUCUUAAAAAAAUAAUGAUGGCAAGGGCCGCGAUGACAGGCCUCCUUUUACUAAUCUACUGCAUCAAUAUAUCUGCUUCAAGGACAAACUUUACUGACGAAUCAGUUCUAUUAGUCUUCAUAGCACAAAUAACCAAUGACCCCGAUGAAACUCUGAUAAGAAACUGGACACAAGGGACUGAAGUUUGCAGUUGGAUUGGUGUUUCUUGUAGCACACGGCAUCAUAGAGUUGUCUCACUAAACCUCAAGAGUCUAAGAUUAAGAGGGUCCAUUCCGAAAGAAAUAGGGAACCUUUCCUUCCUUAGUUUCUUGGAUUUUGGCAACACUUUUAAUGGUGUAAUUCCCAAUGAACUUGGCCGUCUAAUGAGACUCAAGUACUUGUCCUUGCAAAUGAAUAAUCUCACAGGUGAAAUCCCACAAAGCCUUGGAUUUCUUUCGAGGCUUGAAGUGCUGGAUCUUUCUGAAAAUGACCUAUAUGGAUAUGUUCCAUCAUCUAUCUUCAAUAUCUCUUCUUUAAAGAUCAUUGAUUUGAAUUUGAAUGAUCUAAGUGGGAAUUUGCCAAAUGACAUGUGCAGUAAUCUCCCAAUGCUGCAAUAUUUAUUCAUGGGUAACAAUGGUUUAGUGGGUGAACUUCCUAGUCGUUUAGAUAAAUGCACCCAACUUGUAGCUCUGUCCUUGUCUUACAACAGAUUCACAGGAAAUUUACCCCGAGAAAUGGGGAACAUGUCAAAGCUUCAAGAUAUGUUUCUUGGAUGGAAUAAAUUGACAGGAAAUAUACCAAGUGAAAUUCAGAAUCUUCGAGCAAUUCAACAUCUAAGUCUUCGAAAUAAUGAAUUGGUCGGAACUCUUCCACCUACUAUGGGGAAUUUGUCGACUUUGGUGAUGAUAGAUAUUGGUGCUAAUAAUCUUCAUGGAAGCAUUCCUACAGAAUUUGCAAAACUUGUUAAUCUGAAAGAAAUAUAUCUUGGUUUAAACAAUAUAUCAGGUCAAAUUCCUAGCUCUCUCUAUAACAUUUCUGGGUUAGAAACGAUCGCGCUUGCAGCUAAUGAGCUUUCUGGAACUCUACCUUCUAACUUUGCCCAUAGCUUUCCAAAUCUUAAUGGCCUUUAUCUUAGGUUGAACCAGUUUAGUGGGACAAUUCCUAGCUCCAUUUCAAAUGUUUCCAAGCUCACUUUCCUUGAUUUGGGUCACAAUUUUCUUAGUGGGGAUGUGCCGAGGAAUCUUGGAAAUUUGCAGCAGCUUGAAGUGAUCAACUUGCAAUGGAAUCAACUGACAAAUGAUCCUUCCACAAGGGAAUUAAGUUUCCUUACUUCCCUAUCGAGCUGCAAGCACUUGAAGCGUAUACAACUAGGAUAUAAUGCAUUCAGAGGAACUUUUCCAAAGUCCUUAGCCUUCAGUAAUUGGUCUGAUUCUCUUGACGUAUUCAUCACCUCUGGAAACGACAUCACAGGUGAAAUCCCUGUUGAAAUCAGUAAGUUGAGUAACUUGGUGUGGUUAGGCAUUGGAAAGAAUCGUUUGAGUGGUUCAAUUCCUCAUGAAUUGGGAAACAUGAGGAAAUUGCAAAAGUUGACACUUUGGAAAAAUAAAAUAAAUGGUACCAUACCAGAAAGCUUAUGCAAUAUGGAGGUCUUAUUUCGACUUGACUUGAGUGAAAAUCAGCUUUCAGAUGAAAUACCAAGUUGUUUGGGAAAUCUCUCUUCUUUAAGAGAACUCUUUUUAGAUUCCAAUGCAUUGAGCUCCAAUAUUCCUCCAACUUUUUGGAGUAACAUCGGUAUAUCAACUCUGAGUUUGUCCUCCAAUUUUCUCAAUGGUUCUCUGCCUUUAGGAAUAGGAAGUUUGAGGAGUCUAAGCAAUUUAAAUUUAUCAAGAAAUCAAUUCUCAGGAGAAAUUCCGAGCACAAUUGGACAACUACAGAAUUUGGUGAAUCUUUCUCUGUCGAUGAACAAUUUUGAAGGUCUUAUACCUCAAUCAGUCGGAUACUUGGUUGCUCUUGCAUACUUGGAUUUAUCCGGAAAUAACCUUUCAGGUAUGAUCCCCGAGUCUCUGGUGAAUCUUAAACAACUUAGCUAUCUUAAUGUGUCUUUCAAUGCACUCACUGGUAAGAUUCCAAAUGGAGGACCUUUUGCUAAUUUGACAGCUGCAUCUUUCAUGGGGAAUGCUGAAUUGUGUGGACCAUCUCAAUUCAAUGUGGCGGAAUGCAGAAUUGGUGGCAUGAAAAGAAAAAACAAAAGGAGGGCUUUAACUUUUGCUCUUGCAUCAGUUGCAGUAGCAUUAGUAGUCACAACAAUUUUCAUGGUUUGGUUUCUCAAAUACCGAAAAAUAAGCAGACAACUUCCUAUACCAGAUUUGAUUGGCCAAUCCCAUCAGAGGAUCUCUUACUAUGAAGUUGUUCGAGGGACAAACAACUUUGAUGAAGCCAAUUUGAUUGGCAGGGGAGGCCUUGGUCUAGUGUACAAAGGAACACUCCAAGAUGGAAUUAUCGUUGCUGUAAAGGUUUUCAACACAGAAGUACAAGAUGCAUUUAGAAGAUUUGAUUUGGAGUGUGAGGUUUUGCGUAACAUUCGCCAUAGAAAUCUUGUUAAGGUGAUAAGUAGUUGUGCUAAUCUUGAUUUUAAAGCAUUGGUUCUAGAGUACAUGCCAAAUGGAAACCUUGAUGCUUGGCUUUAUUCUCACAACAACUUUUUGGAUUUAAGCCAAAGAUUGAGGGUUAUGAUUGAUGUGGCUUCUGCAAUGGAAUAUUUACAUGAAGGUCAUUCUUUUGUUGUUGUACAUUGUGAUCUAAAACCAAGUAACAUACUUUUGGAUGGAGACAUGGUUGCAAGAGUCAGUGACUUUGGUAUAUCCAAACUUAUGACAGCUGAUAAAUUGAUAGCACAAACGAAGACGUUAGGCACUAUUGGCUACAUGGCACCAGAAUAUGGAUCAGAAGGCUUAGUGUCAACCAUGGGAGAUGUUUAUAGCUAUGGUAUCAUGUUAAUGGAGACCUUAACAAGAAAGAAGCCCAUGGACGAUCUUUUCAUUGGAGAACUCAGCUUGAAGAGAUGGGUGUUUGAAUCAUUACCCGAUAGAGUGAUGGAUGUAGUGGAUGCUAAUUUAUUUUCAAGACAGGAUGAGCAGUUUUCAUUCAAAGAGACUUGCUUUAAGUUGGUAAUGGAAUUGGCCUCACAAUGUACAUCUGAAUCACCUCAAGAGAGAAUCAGUAUGAAAGAUGUCCUUGUAAGACUCAACAAGAUUCAAACCAACCUCUUACAUUGUCCAACAACAAGCCAAAAUAGAAUGUAAAAAAUUCUUGGUGAGGACAAAGUUGGGGGACAGAAUGAAUACCAUCUUUUCUUUUAUCUUGUUUUCAUUUUUUUGGACUUGUCUUGUAAAAUAUAUGUAACAAACCAUGGUAGCUUGUGAAACUGUAACUUCAGAGA